CACUCAAAGGAGAGGCAGAGUACUACUGUACUAGUAGCAGACUAGCAAUAGUGGUCUGGCAAAAGAGUGUAAGCUUAACUAGUUUGUGGAUUUUGCUUCUAUCCUCCUUCGACACAUGUAAAUGCUACCAAUCUUAGAGUUGUCAAGCUAGUAUAGUAGCCCUAACUGAUUUACUACAAAAAUCAAAGAAAGGAGAGAGAUUGUUGAGAUGGCGAGUGAAAUGCAAGAGUCAAGGUUUAGGAGGAUUUGUGUGUUCUGUGGGAGUAGUCAAGGCAAGAAGACUAGCUAUCAAGAUGCUGCUAUUGAGCUUGGCAAUGAAUUGGUGUCAAGGAACAUUGAUUUGGUCUAUGGAGGGGGCAGCAUCGGUUUGAUGGGAUUGGUUUCACAAGCUGUUCAUGAUGGCGGUCGUCAUGUUAUUGGAGUUAUUCCCAAGACGCUCAUGCCUCGAGAGUUAACUGGUGAAACAGUAGGGGAAGUGAAGGCAGUAGCAGGCAUGCACCAAAGGAAGGCUGAGAUGGCUAAGCAUUCUGAUGCCUUUAUUGCCUUACCAGGUGGUUAUGGAACUUUAGAGGAACUACUUGAGGUGAUUACCUGGGCACAACUUGGAAUUCAUGAUAAGCCGGUGGGAUUGCUGAAUGUUGAUGGAUAUUAUAAUUCCUUGCUCUCAUUCAUUGACAAUUCUGUGGAAGAGGGAUUUGUUAGCCCAAGUGCGCGCCAAAUCAUUGUGUCCGCACCAACAGCAAAAGAGUUGGUGAAAAAACUGGAGGAGUAUGUCCCCUGCCAUGAAAGAGUUGCUUCACAGUUGAGCUGGGAUAUUGAGCAACUUGGAUACUCUCAUCAAACAUAUGAUAUCUCUAGGUGAUUGUGAGGAACACUGCAUGGAAGGGGAGGUAGAUUGAAGUUGCAUUUAGAAGAAGCUAAUUUAAAAAAAUACUCAGAGAGAUUUCCACAGAGUGGGAAUUCUUUUGUAAAUCAGUGCAAUUGAUCUUGAUAUAUGAAGCUUUCAAGAUUUCUUUUUAGUGGUAUUUUGGUUUACUUUUGAAGUUGUAAGUACUAAUGUACUAGAGGAUUAUGAACAAUUCCCCUUUCAACUGUUGACUAAUUAUAUGUUUACUGACUACUAGUUGUUUUA